UAUAAUACGCACAAGACGAGUUCAAAUGUCACAACACCCGAGCCAUCGAAACACGUUGCAUUUGUAGGUGACAUUUUCCUUUAAGAUGAUGUAAGACUUCGCUCCCCUGUAUGGUUUCUCCCCUGGCCGCUGAGGCAGCAUCUAAGCGUGUGCGCGGUGCCGUCCGGAGCGGCUCCCGGAAAAAGCUUCGCUCCUCGGUUAGCGGCGCUAUUACGCACCGACCGCUUCAAGCUUCGCAUCCGACGGCAGGAGAUGAGGAGUUAAGUGCGAUCGAGGGACCUUGCAGGAGUGCACGUCGGCGAAAACAUGUGAAGUGUCCUAAACCAAUCUGCAUAUUUGGGCGUGUAUUUAUAUAUACAUCGUCAUACCUGAUAUAUUUCUCUGAAGUUACUCGAGAUCAACGGACACGAUUGUGCUUCAAAGAAGUUGGAAAUAUAUCUCCAAACAGCAAAGAUUUCCACUUGGACUUCUGAAGUUGCUGAUAAACUUCAUUUUAUUCGCAGAUAUGGAUUGAUGUGAAAUCAAUUGAUUUUGCCGAGUUGCAGGACCAGUCGUCGAUCGCAUUAAGAAAGCAGGAAAUCAUACAGAAACUUUCGGCACAGCCAUCAGACGCCGGGGCGAUUUUCGUGUGCAUGACUGAAACGAUGGCACUGAGUGGGAACUGUAGGACUUACCCUAAUGCCAAGGAGCAGGGGACUGUCCAGCCCGCUGUCCCCGAUGUUAUAGAGCUGAAUGUCGGGGGGCAGGUCUACUAUACUCGGCAUGCCACAUUAAUCAGUAUUCCGAAUUCCUUACUGGGAAAAAUAUUCUCUCCCAAGAAAGAUGCAUCCAACGACCUGGCACGGGACCCUAAGGGACGCUACUUCAUCGACAGAGAUGGCUUUUUAUUUCGAUACGUAUUGGACUACCUCAGGGACCAGCAGGUCGUGCUGCCCGAUCACUUUCCCGAGAAGGGGAGACUAAAGAGGGAGGCGGAAUACUUUCAGUUGCCGGAGCUGGUGAAGAUUUUAACCCCCGACGACCUGAAACAAAGUCCAGACGACUACUGUCACAGUGACUUAGACGACGCUUCCCAAGGGAGUGACCAGAGGACGUGCCCCCCGGCAUCACUAGUGCCAGCCAGCAGGAAGUAUGGCUUCAUCACGGUCGGGUACCGAGGAUCGUGUACGAUGGGGAGGGAGAGCCAGAGCGACGCCAAAUUUAGGAGGGUGCCGAGGAUUUUGGUCUGUGGAAGGAUCGCCUUAGUGAAAGAAGUCUUCGGGGAAGCAUUAAACGAGAGCCGUGACCCGGACCGGCCUCCCGAGCGGUACACGUCCCGCUUUUACCUUAAGUUCAAACACCUGGAGAGAGCCUUUGACAUGCUGUCCGAGUGCGGAUUCCAGAUGGUGGCCUGUAAUUCGUCGGUGACGGCAUCGUUUGUCACUCAGUAUACCGAUGACAAGAUCUGGUCCAGUUACACGGAAUAUGUCUUCUAUCGUGGGUCGUCAAGGUGGUCGUCUCCUCACUGCGACUGCUGCUGCAAGACCCACAAGGGCGAUCGCGAGGGCGAGAGCGGCACCUCCGGGCACGAUCUGACCACCUCCAGCUCAGAGAGCCAGUCGGAGGCAAGCUCACCCCAGGGCACCGUCAUCUGCGGGCCAGUCAGCCGCCAGUGCAACAUACAGACCCUGGACCGACCUGCUAAGAAGGGGCCUGUGCAGGUCCUGCAGCAGCCUGAGGUGCGUAGGAAGAGCGACCUGCUGCGCACGCUGACUGCCGGCUCCCGUGACACCAGUGGAGGAGGUGCUGGUGGCAAGAAGAAGCCUCCCAAGGAGAAGAUGACUGCGGAGGAGGAGCUCGAGAAGUGCAUCCAGGACUUCCGCAAGAUCAAGAUCCCCGAACGCUUCCCUGAGAGGAAGUACAUGUGGCAGUCAGAGCUGCUGCACAAAUACCACUUGUGAGGAGGCGAGGGGCGUACGUCCAGUGGAGGGUACAUCCAGUGGGCCAUACACCCAAUGGAGGAUACAUCCAGAGGGGCAUAUGUCCAGUGGAGGGUACAUCCAGUGGAGGGUACAUCCAGAGGGGCGUACAUCCAGUGGAGGGUACAUCCACAGAAGUACGCGUCCAGUGGGGGGUACAUUCUGAGGGGCGUACGUCCAGUGGAGGAUACAUACAGGGGGGCAUACGUCCAGUGGAGGGUACAUCCAGAAGGGCGUACGUCCAGUGGAGGAUACAUACAGUACAGGGGGGCAUACGUCCAGUGGAGGGUACAUCUAGAAGGGCGUAUAUCCAGUGAAGGGUACAUCCAGAGGAGCGUACGUCCAGCGGAAGGUAUAUCCAGAGGGGCGUAUGUCCAGCGCAAUGUACAUACGUGCAGCAUCCAGCCUAUCCUCUGUGGAUAACACUGUGGAUAAUGGCCACACUAGGCUAAUUGUUUCCUUUUCACCUUUAAUAUAAUCCCUGACAUUCACAGGAUGUACCGUCCCACAUGCAAGCGAUAUUUAGACUUCUGCUUUAUGAACGUUCUUAGAGUACACGUGUGGCGGUGGGACCCAGAGUGUGGGUGAAUUUUCACAGAGAUUACAGUCUAUACGCCUGUUCCCACUGCCAGCUUCCAGGUAUUAAUGGGGAUCUCCUAAAUCAGGACCUCUUUCCCUGGCUGCAUGUCAAUAGUGAUGAAAAAUAGGUGGGAAGGUUCCAAGAUAAAUGUGUAACCCUCAUAAAUAUUUUGUCAUGUCCCAAACCCGCAGUCUGAAAAUACCUGCUGCUUGUGUGAAAUCAAUAGCUGGUUUGUAUCCACUCCUUGGCAGAAUGAUGGAGAUUAAGCAGUAGAUGAAUACAUGCUUGUUCGCCGUCGUCUGGAUGGCAGAGUGGCUGUGAGCUGUCAGCUCUCAGGCAGACACUGUCCCUCACAAAACAGCCCGCAGAUCCUAUCAGCACUACAGACUUAUUCAGGCACAUUAGAACGUCCUCUUUGUACGAGCGGCUGGUUUGGUUUUCAGCGGCUCCGUGAACGAAUGCAGAAUCUGUUAGAGCAGAAGGGGUGUCGCACGAUGUAUACGUCCAAAGGCAGGACACUGAGCUCGGCCUCGUACGGACAGAUUGCUCAUUUGGAAAGCAUAACAGGAUCGCUAAUUAACAGAAAAUCGCCUUUCUGGAAAGAGCCUCAGUAAGACUCCAGGGCUGCCUAGUGUCAGUGUGAGGGAACCUGGGAGCUGCAGAAGCGUAACAAUGGAGAAUCACUAGAGUGCCGGUUUCCUUCUGGGUCAAAGGUCGCCACCCUCCAGUUCUGCACUGAGGUCAUAGUGACCUGAAUGGAUAUUACUUUCGUAUGUUUGUUCGUAUGUUUGUUUAGAUAAGUGUGUAGCUGAGGAUGCCCUUUGUAUGCGUCCAGCAUGGGAAUAAUGAUAGGGAGGUUGUCUGAUGUCUGCGGUAAUGCUGAAGUGCUUGAUGAGCGUGAGAGGCAGCUGGGCUCUCUGGCCUCGGUGGGCUGGGGGACGGUGUUGACUGGGGAAGUAGCGCUAGCUUUGUAACUACUUUGUAACAGAUGAUACCCGAUUGCAUUAGGAGGAACAUCAGUAGAAUGUAAGCUAGAUUAGUUGGCCCAGAAGAUGGCUUCUGCCAGUGUGACCACGAUGCAGCGCUGUUAGCCGCUAACUCAAGCCAACUGUAGUAAAUAGUGAAUACUAAAGAGAGUUAUGAGAUCCAGCAUUUAAAAAUACUUGAUAUAAGGGGUUAUGUUCCUUUAAGAUACACCCUUAAGUACUAUGGUUGUUUCAAAAAGAAAUGUUUUAGCUCAAAUUCAAUUAAAUCUGGAAUAAAGUGUUAUUUUCCCAAAGAAAUUAGAGAUCCAAGAUGAACGGAAAUAAUGUGAUUCUGAUCCGGUUUAUGUCAUAUGUACAAUUUUUUUACUAUGUUACUGCUACAAAGUUAUAUUUAUUUUUUAUAUAGAAGAAAAAGUGUCCAGUUGAAUUAUCUGGUUUUCUGUGCAUUAAAACUGAACGUUGACUUGUCUCACACCGACUUUUUCCAUAAGAAUUCUAGUGUUGUAUUCAUCUGUGAAUAAUACUUAAAUGAAAAUACAUAGAAAUCCUCUAUGUAAAUAGUGUAUAAGAAAUACAUAAUGUGAACACAGAUGAAAUAUGAGUAUGAAUGAAAAGGGAUAAUAUUAGAGUCAUUUGACGUUGCAGAGUCCAGAUUAGCCUCACCUCAUUGUGUACAGGGGCUGGCAUACACUAAUGAAAGGGGACGUACAGCAAGGGUGUGUAACUGCAAGGAAGUGGACGUAAGCACAGUCACCCCUGAUCGGCGUUUAGCCCUGAGAGUUUUCCCCAAGGCACUUUUCAGGGUUUGCUAAUCCGAUCGUUUCAUAGACAGGGCAUUAUCCUCUUUGCUUUAUUUUUUACCAAAAAAAUGUUAGAAUAAAUGAACUUCCCAAAGCUUGGUCCCCCCCCCCCCCGCCACUGCAAGUCUGAAGCUUAGCUGCGAGCUCCUGGCCUCUGUCUCACACGCUCUGUGUAAGUUGUAAAGCAGCCGAUGACCACAGGACAGCCCCUAAGAGGAGAGACGCCGACUGGGAGACCGAGCCUAAAGACAAGGAUGUUGUGUCGUUUAAUGUUCAAUUUAUGAAACGUCUGGAACGUUGUUGUACGCAUGCCUAAUGUCGAUAUAAUAAAUGCUGCAGAUUAUUAGUAUGUUCUAGUGACAUUAUGUACGAACAAAGCACAAUGUGUGGAUUGUGUCUGCUACUGUUUCUGUACAGCUGUACACUGUUCCUUAUACAGACUACUACCUAGGUACAAAUUAAUUUAACUAUGGACAUUUGGAAAAUGUACAUCUAGUUAUAAA